UCACUGUGGUGAGAAGAGAACAGGAGAUCAAGAGGAAAAGAGGAAAAGAAACGGACUGUCUCAAUCAUCAAAUCAGGAUGUUUGUUCUCAUCUGGGCGACUCUGCUUUUCUCUGUGAGAGGCAUCACUGCUGAUACAGGUGCUUCAGUGGGGGAAAUAACACAGUGUCUAGAACAAUUCUGUAUCACUCUCACAGGAGGAGAAAUAAAAGCAGAGGCUGGACUCUGUGUUGUGAUACCGUGUUCUUUCAGCAGUACUAAUGCCUUUACACUUAAACAUAUGUUGUUUAUGAAAUGUGAACCAUCUACAAUAAUUUGUCAGGGGUCGGACAUGAUAUUCAGCACUGACAAGAACAAUCAAGUUCAGUCUGGGUUUAUGGGACGAGUUUCACUGUUGGAGCCUGACAUGAGUCAGAGGAACUGCAGCAUCAUCAUCAAUGACCUCACUGAGUCAGACUCUGGAUCAUAUCAGCUCAGAAUUGAGUAUUCCCAGGAGACGAACAGGGGAUUUACAUUCCAGCUAAAAUCAACUGUCUCUGUUAAAGGUCUGACCCAGAAGCCCACAGUGAUGGUUCCUCCUCUGACAGAGGGACAGCAGACCACACUGACCUGCACUGCUCCUGGUCUCUGCUCUGGAUCUGAUCCUAAAGUCACCUGGACGUGGAGAGGAGCAGGAGAAAAGACCUCGCACAUCACAGGAAACAUCACUGCUUUCAAGACUGAGAAUCUGACUGCUGUCACAAACAGACACAGCUCAACUUUGACCUUUAACCCUUCAGCUGAACAACACGGCUCCAAUGUCACCUGUAAGGUUAGCUUCACAAACAACAUCACUACAGAGGAGACAGUGACUCUGAAUGUGACCUAUGUGAAGAAACCUGUGAUCACCGGAAUGACAACUGUUAAGGAGGGUGAUGCUCUACAUCUAACCUGCAGUGUUGAGAGUUCCCCCCCCUCUGUUAUCACCUGGACUAAACUUGGCUCCAACAAAAACCUGCAAAGUGAAAAUACAAGCGUCCUGAAGAACAACACUGGAACAGCCACUCUCAUCAUCCUUAAUGUGACAGCAGAAUAUUCUGGAGAGUACAUCUGUACAGCAAAGCACCAGAACACUACUCUGACCACACCUGCUGAAGUAAAUGUAAAAUAUGUGAAGAAACCUGUGAUCACCGGAAUGACAACUGUUAAGGAGGGUGAUGCUCUACAUCUAACCUGCAGUGUUGAGAGUUCCCCCCCCUCUGUUAUCACCUGGACUAAACUUGGCUCCAACAAAAACCUGCAAAGUGAAAAUACAAGCGUCCUGAAGAACAACACUGGAACAGCCACUCUCAUCAUCCUUAAUGUGACAGCAGAAUAUUCUGGAGAGUACAUCUGUACAGCAAAGCACCAGAACACUACUCUGACCACACCUGCUGAAGUAAAUGUAAAAUUUCAUCCAAAGGUCUUCAGUAGCUCUGCAUGUGAGGUUCAGUCGGAGGUCCUGACCUGUGUGUGCAUCAGUGAGGGUUUCCCUUUACCCACCAUCAAAUGGCCGAUGUUGGAGACUCGCCCUGAAUACUCUUUCACUACCAAUAAGUCAAACCACAUCGUCAUCAGCUUCGCCGAAUCUGUAAAAGAUCUCAACUCCACCACUGUUGAGUGUGUCAGCAGCAAUGAAAUUGGGGAAGCAAAAGAGAACCUCCAAGUCAGAACAAAGGAGUUAAAACAAGACGAUCUACUCAAUGCAUUUUUACAGCCACAAGCCAUCAUUGCGUUUUUCAUUGGGAUACUUCUUGCAUCAACGAUCUGCUGUUUGGCCAUAAAAUGCUACAGAAAUAAACAGAAGAACUCUGCUGAGGCUCUGGAGAUGUUGACUAAUCAAGCGUUUCUACUGUUAGAUGCUGGUCAAGGAGUGGACAAUGACCAAGGGAAAUCUGAAGAAGGAGCUACAGCUGCUGGGCAAUCUGCCUCUGGUGGUGAUGUGGAACCAAAAGAGUUGGAGUACUCUACCAUCGACUUUUCCUUGAUGAAAAGGAAGAGUCCCGUAGGGGCAGAGAAUACCCAAGAGACCAAAGAUACAGUGUAUGCCGAAAUCAAACACAAAGCAAAAGAGGAGAGACAAAACGAUGGUGCUGAGGAGGUAGCAAUGGUGGAGGGCAGUGACAAGGAGGAGGUGAUGGUAGGGGAAGAUGAGGAGACAAAACAGUAUCUGCCGAAGGACGAGGAAGGAGGUGAGGAUGUGGGGAGAUAG